UCUACCUUGUGAAUAGCACAAAAUGUCAAAUAAAAAAUUUAAACGCCUUCAACGAAGACGCCAUGAAAUUCUACCAACCAGAAAACUAUGAACCUUGCUCGGAGGCCCCAUUGCUUACUUAUGUAACAAAUGUAGACAACAUUGUUACUCUCCAUGUUGAUGAUGGGGCAGUAACGUCUUACGAAUCACGCGGCGUCAUUUGUUGUUAUUCUAAUGUGACCAGGAAAAAUUCCAUGGACGAAACGGAUAAUACCGUAACGAUGACGGAAUGCAAAAUGUUUGAAAGCAGUGUACCAAUAUACCACGACACUAUCUACGUGAGAUGUUUUAGCAGAGAAGAAGCAGACAUAGUUUAUGAAAAUAUUCAUGCCACAUACUUCGCAAAUUGGAAUAUCAAAAGGAAAUUAGCCAAACCAGCCCCAAAUAAACAAAUUAGUGUGCUUCUUGUAGGAAUCGACAGUUUAUCUCGACUGAAUUUCAUCAGAGCCCUCCCAAACACAUACAAAUACGUGGAAAAGAAUGGAUGGGUUUCUUUGAAAGGGUACAACAAAGUAGACGAUAAUAUCUUUCCAAAUUUGAUAACUAUUUUAACUGGACAUAACAGUAGUGACAUAAACGAAAUCUGCAAUCCUGAAGAAUUAGAAACGUUCGACCUCUGUCCACUACUAUGGAACGAUUAUAAAGAACUAGGUUAUGUUACGAGCUACGCGGAAGACGAAUGUUCGAUGAGCACUUUCAACUACAAAAACAAAGGUUUCAAAUACCCUCCAACAGAUUUCUACUUUCGUCCUUACAUGUUGGCCAGUGAGAAACUAAGGACGAGGAAAAGGCAAGGACUGACAUACUGUAGCGGACCUGAAACCUCAGGAGAGAGGAUUAUGAACCUAACAAAAGAUUUUGGUAUCACUUUUAAAGAUCAUCCACAUUUUGGCUUGUUUUGGAUGAACACAUUCAGUCACAAUCAACUCAACGCCGUAACCGGAAUGGAUAACAAGAUCAAAGACUUUUUGGAGGAGCUCAGCAAGGAACAAGUUCUCGAACACAGUGUAGUUAUAUUUUUCAGCGCUCACGGGAUAAGAUUUGGAGGAAUAAGACUGACGGAAACAGGGUGGUUCGAAGAAAGACUUCCCUUUAUAUACGCUUCCUUUCCUUCUUGGUUCAAGAAGAAAUUCCCAAACGAAUACAAGAAUUUUAAAAUAAACUCAGCUAGAUUAACCUCACCUUACGACUUACAUAUGACUUUGCAACACUUCUUGGUCCUGUCAGGACACGAUUAUACCAUCAUCCAAAGUCCUAGUUGCCCGUCUUGCAAGUCUCUACUUGAAGAAAUUGAUGUGGAAAGAUCGUGCGGAGAAGCUGGAAUAUUGCAGCAUUGGUGUACCUGCUCUAAAUAUACUCACGUCGAACUAGAUAAAGACGUACAAAAUAAGGUUACUGCUUAUGUUCUAAAUGAAAUUUAUAAAAUAAUAGAAUCCCACGAUGAAGGUUGGAUGUGUGCGAGAUAUUUGGUCAACAACGUCACUACAAGUGUUUCAAGGGGGUUUUCGCGUACCAGCGACACUUACCUGCUUCUGAAAUUUAGAACGAUGCCUGAAGCAGUAUUUGAGACCACUAUUAAUUACAAGGGUGAUAUCAGUGAUUUAAACUUUUCAAUUUCGGGGUCGAUAAGUAGACUCGACCAGUAUUUUUCAAGUAGCAACUGCGUAACGAAUAGAGAAUUAAAGAAAUAUUGCUACUGCGUACAGUGAUUAGUGAAUAAUUCUAUUAAACAAAUGAAACAAAUCACAAUCAAAUUACAUUUGUUUGAUUUGAGUUAAAAUGAUCAGUGCUUGUGUUAAAACUGCUUGAUUGAUAAAAUGCUAAAUCAAUCUACUUUAAUAAAUGAACUUUUUUACUAAGAUUUUUUUUAUAGAAGUGUGUAGGUUUUGAGGUAAGAAAUACAUAUGUCGCACGCAACCACCAGCAACAGACAACGUUUUGAGAUACAGAAAUAUAUAGGCUGUUACAAAUUCGCUUCUUACUACGGAGAUCUUGGAAACAGAAAGAGAUACGAACUAGCUUAAAUGGGGACAAAGUUGUAUAAUCAGGGGACCAACAUUAUGUCUCUAA